CAACAUCUGUGAGUGUAAAUGAGCGUCUGUGUUCGACAGUCUGUUAACGUGUUGAAUGCUGUUGUUACCCGUCGGUGUAUUGAUGCCGUAGACGUGUAUCGCUUUACUACUGCGCCGGUGGCUACGAAAAGUUGGGUCGGGUAGCCGCAAUCUGGGUGGUUGUCGGAUCCCAACCAGCUGCGAAAUGGCCAGGCGGCCACCAUUGCGGCGAGGAGAAAAACAACGGCCAGUGACGAUUCGACAGUCAGUAGCCGCGCCGGUGGUUGUCGUCCGUCCUGUUCACGUUCGCCUCUAUUACGGAUAGCAGAGUUGUUCGUUGUAUAAGAAGUUGCCGAUGUUGUUCUGUAUGCCCUAGCUGAGAAGGGCCCCGAUUUUGUGACAGCGUUUGUCGACAACAACGGUGAAUGCAGUCGCAGCAUUGUAAACAGAAUCGGCAAGGAAGUAGUAGCUGCUACCGUACUAAGAAUAGCAGCGACUUCGACCAAGAAAACCGUAAUGCAGCAGUCGUCCGCGGUACGACGCAGCUGAACACUCGGAACAAAUCAAGCAAACAGCUAAAGGCUAGUACAAGCCCAGGGUCAACAGCUGCCUCAGCAGUACAGGCGCAGGAGUUGCCACGCCGAGAAACAAAGAUUAGAGAAUGCAGUAAGAAGAACUGGUUUGCCAGGGCUUUUAUAUGUGGGUGUGUGUGAGCGUGUACGUGCGUUGAGAGAUAGCAACGUUUAGAGCUACAGUGAGGGAUCGCUUCUAGCUACAGACAACGCUGUCAACUAACAAUAUGCAUGCACCGUAUCUGUUCAUGUGUUUAGCGUGAUUUGUCAAACUCACAUGUGCACCCAUUACCAUUUGGACGACUACGAGCACAUUAAUCCGCUAUAUGUUCUCAUAGCUAACAACAUUAAUGUCACGGUGUCUUACCCGCCAGUUCAUUUAUGGUUAACAUUUGAUGUCGUUGCUCUUAUUGCACUUAUUGCCUGUUUCGAAGCUACCGGAGCAACCCCACCAUACCGGACUACAAUGACGGCUCGAUCCGCAACCAUCAGCUGAAAGAUACCUCUACAAACCACUGCCACGAUAUGGCCAUCACCGGCAUAGCGGGCACCAUCAACAGUAGGAACGCCCAGCAGAACAGGCUGCAAGGCAAGCACGGCCAUACGGACAGACAGACGGGCAAAACGACGAGCUUCCAGUAAUAACCACAAAGUCCUAGGUGGCAGCUGACGACUUCAAGUGGUAGUAAUCAGAGCGGCUGAAACGACGGGCCUUCCCUCUAUAUUUACCUCUGCCUGCACAAAGAGCAACAGCAAAGGGGCAAAAGACUGCAACAUUAUAGGUCGCUCUUCAGGCCACGACAAUUUCGGCCUACAGUGAUAUCAUCAACAGCUAGCGAGUCCGGCCAGUUGUAGUCGCAAACAGUUACUCGACGACAAAACAACCCAACCCAGGUCUAACCCAGGACGAGGCUAGCCAAGCAUUUAUCCGACUAAAUGGACCCACCAGUUGACUGAGGAGCAAAGCACAUCGCCGAAACCUGGUGAAGCUAGAAUAUGUAGAUCGUAGAGGCGCCAGUGAGAAGCCGGCAGCACUUGGAAAGUGCUUCGUCCACCGUCAUAGAGUAUCUGAUAGGGUUGCGAAAAUAACACUACAUUUUGACACUUCAUCUCCGUCAAAUAGGUAGACAGGGCAUCGAUUGGUCUUCAGUCGGCGACGAUGAUGAUAAUCAACAGCAUCUGGAAUUAUAUGUGUUUUGGUGAUGUUCUGAUUGCCCUAGCGUAGAGGCCUGGUAGCCCGACGACGCGUGACUGUGUAGUGCCGUUGACCGUGUCACGUUUGCCAGUGUGAGCUGUGCGAGAGUAUGGGCCGCGUCAAUAGUAAUACUAGUUAAAAAUCCUACGAGUAUUGGCGAAGGCCGCAGUAAAAGUAGUGGCGCGUGACUCCCGUAUAGGAAACGGUUCGGAUUAGAUGAGUAACCGAGUGUGUGGUCGAGCUUUUCAAAGUUAUCUGAAGUUAUGAAGGAGACAAACAGUUUGCGAACGUUUGAAGUACACUGCUUUUCACAGUGGCCGAGCGAAGCAUAUUUGACAAUAGCACUCGUGCAACUUGAAAGAGGGCAAGGAACACAUUGUACCGAGUGAAGUUCACUAAAAAUGCCACGAUUUGUUGAUUGCACUCGGUCGCAGGUUGGUCAGUUUGCCCCAGUGAAUCUCCAUCACGCUAGUAUCGUCCGUCCCAGAUAGUCAUUAGCAAAAAUUUAAACUGGCGGUGGAACUCUCUACUCUACGCGUAUUUCGAAUCAUAGAUCUGCUAGAUCUUGUCAACGAUUAGGUUCCAUUAGAAAGUUGCACCGGAUCAUCGAAUGUAUCCAAGUCAACAACAACCCGGACACAGGACGGAUUGACACGACACGUUUAAGCAAACAGAUAUCCUGCAUAAUCUGCCAUAAUUUCUCUAACUGUUCUGUCCUUUUGCUGUACCUGCGAAUGGAAACAACAGCUUACCCUUUACGUGCUGACAGAUCUACGAGGUAACAGUGUUGAAUCGUCUGCGGCACCAACAAACGAAAAAUUCCUGCCUCAGCGGACCCUAACCUUAUUCCACUCGAUACAGAGUUGUAGACCGAGAGAUCGCGACUUUGAAAAAAUUGUAAAAACUUGAAAGCAUUUUUGAAAGUAAGAUUAUUUAUUUACCGAGCCGAACAGCUAGCUUUGUUGCAAGCUUAAUUGAAAAAGUAGGCUCAUCUCGUUUGUUAGCUGUGAUCAAAGGGAGUGGAUGCGUCGAAACUAACUUCGGUGAGGCCCUAUCACAAGAAGCGACCAUAGAGGGACACCAGAGACACGGACUGAAGGAGAAGCCAGACGGCGCCAACGCUCAGCGGCAAAAAUGUUGCGGCGUAACUACGUGAAAGUGUCAAUCAAUAGGGCGACAUGGGAAGUCCCGGCGAAUUACACCAAUCUACAGCUGAUCGGAGCCGGCGCCUAUGGACUUGUCUGCGCUGCAAUAUGCACUCAACGGAAUACACCCGUAGCAAUUAAACGUCUAUCAAGACCCUUCCAGAGUGCCGUCCACGCAAAGCGGACCUAUCGCGAAAUCUACCUUCUCCGACAUAUGCACCAUGAGAAUGUAAUUGGUCUGCUAGAUCUGUUUUCGCCAGCCGUUGAUUUGACGUCAUUCCAGGACGUUUAUCUCGUCAAUCAUAAAAUGGGCUCGGAUCUGAACAACAUCAUUAGGACACAGAAACUACAAGAGGAGCACAUACAGUUCCUAAUCUAUCAGAUCCUCCGUGGUCUAAAAUAUAUUCACUCUGCAGGCAUCAUACAUCGAGACUUGAAGCCAUCGAAUAUUGCUGUCAAUGAAGACUGCGAACUAAAAAUCAUUGAUUUCGGAUUGGCACGCCAGGCCGAACCGGAAAUGACGGGUUACGUAGCUACGAGAUGGUAUCGUGCUCCAGAGAUCAUGCUUAACUGGAUGCGAUACACCCAAACUGUCGACAUCUGGUCAGUCGGGUGCAUUAUGGCAGAACUAAUCACAUCUAGGACCCUUUUUCCUGGCAAUGACCAUAUUGAUCAGCUGAUGAAGAUUAUGCGCAUCACAGGGACGCCCGAUGACAAACUCUUGCUGAAAAUGCAAUCAGAGGAGGCUCGAGAAUACAUUCGGAAAUUGCCUGUCGUUAUAAAAAAGGAUUUCAGACAACUGUUCCCCGGAGCCAGUGCAGCUGCAAUUGAUCUUCUCGAAAAAAUGCUUGAACUUGAUGGAGACAAGCGGCCGACAGCUGCCGAAGCUCUCCAGCAUGGCUACUUUGCGAAGCUACAUGAUCCUGAAGAUGAACCUGUAGCUGACCCUGUCGAUAUGUCCUUCGAGGAACGUGAACUCACCCUUGAACAAUGGAAAAGAUUAUGCUAUGAGGAGGUUUGCCAUUUUACCCCGCCAGCGAUACCCAUUGAAAACUAACGAUUGUCAGAACAAGUUACCUCUUGGAAACUUAAUUCUGUAAUUAGCUACCAGCUUUCUAAGGGACCUCGAAAAAUGCUGCUGAAUCGGUUUUUUAGCUCAUCGAAGACGAUGAUCAAGUUUCUGGUAUUGGUCAAGCCUCUUUUCAGUCUACGUUUACCCUUCAUAGAACAUUUUCGAGGAUAUUUCAAUGGGACGGGCAUCCGAAUAUCGACCAGUACCACAUUGCUGCAACAAGAGGCUGCCUCGACGCAAUUAAGUGUAUGUUAGAGGACCUGAACCAAACUAAAUACAGCGUCCAUAACCCCAAUGCCCCUCAAUGAUGAACUAGGCUCUUCAUGGACGACUUUAGGAUAUUAUGAACGAGUUGUGAUUUUUUGCUUUGAAGCCACGAAGAUUUAAAGGACCUAAAAGAGGCCAUAGAGAUAUAUAACUAGCUGAGUUUCGCGUUUGAAAAGUGUGAGCUCAAUAGGCUGUUAUUGCCAUAUAUAUAUAAUAUCGUUUGUCUACGUCGAUUUACAUGACAUGAGAACUAAUCAACAACACAACAGAUAGACACCAGGCAUUUUAUUAACACUGCUGGCAGGAUAUAAAUAUUUCAUCUUGAAAUCACGUUAUGCUUCCUUCCUUUCCUUCAUGAAUAUCAACUUCACAUGCGCUCGAACACAUCAAAUAUAACAAUACAUAAGCUUGCGCAUUAUAAUAUUAUUAAAAUGAUGAAUUUUUGCAGCUGACAUCUAGUUUUGUUGAGCGGUGAAGCACGUAUUGACAUAGUGUGAACUUCUAAAUAUUCUGUCAUAUAAUAUUAUUAUUAAUCAUCAUCAUUUAAAAGGCGACAAAAUUUUAAAUGACAUAUCCACACGUGUCAAGUACAUGACCGGAAUAGGAUUUUUCUAGACAUAGAAAAAAAAAAAGCACAUAUUUUACAGGACAAAGCCAUGAAGAUACUUGUUAGUAUCGGUAGUUUUGCGACGAAAAUAGUAGAAAUAUCACAAUGGCAAUAAUGCAGCUGUAUGAGAAAAAAAGAUUUCGAAAAUAUUUUACUUGACAAAACCUGCCACCUUCGUGAACGUUAAGGGAAAAACGGUGAAUCUAAAAUAAAAACCAUAAUGGCGGUCAUAUGCAACAUGAACGCGCAGGUUCCCGCCAUAUUUUACGGCUAGACAGAACUGUAAACAAAAUAGUGUAUUGGGAUUGUUAAUUACGACGCAAGAAGUAGACGAUGUAGACACAGGUGAUAAUAAACUAUCGAAUAUCGAGUACAAAAUUAAUUUUAUAAAGGUAAAUGAGAACUAUUAUAGGUUGUUUUUCACUGAAAGUCAAAUAGGUUCACUCACAUGUUAAUGAUCGAGAGCCCGUGAAUAGUAUGCUGCUAUACGACUAUGCUGUUAAUAGAAUUAGGUUUAUGGGUUUAAUGAUAAGAUUUCAUUUAUCAUUUUGCUGAAUUGCCUUCAUUUGUAUAAGUUAAUUCAACUCGUUUUUUACUGUUUUUAUUAUAUGACUGUUUUUAACUCGUAUCGUAUGAAUAUGUCUUACAUCAUACAACAGGUGCUCUGUUUUUUGUACAACACUUCGAUUUUUUGUCAUCGAUAAUCAAUUCUGUCUUGGUCAUUACCACUAGUAGUAUAUUCCGUGUAUAUGAAGAUAUUUUCUCUGAAUUACGUUGUUUCGAUUAUGAUCAAUUUCCGCGCUCACGGACAACUGUCGUUUUAUUUCCUUAGGCAGAGGGAUCGAUAUAGAUUCUUCAAAUAAAAAAGGUGAAGUAUUCGAAGAAAAAAUCUAAACUGAUAUCACGCUAAUAAACUUUAUGAGGGUAGAAUCCCUAUACUUGUAAAACCAAAUAAGCAAAUAGUGAAUUACAUGCGGUUGUCAUUCCUCGACACUCUGGUAGGGGAGGUCUACAUCUUCUACAGCGAAAUGUCAUUCAGCCUUAAGCCCGAGUUCUGGGUAUACGUUAUGAAGUUAUAAUAAUCUCUCUCUACUACAAAGCGUUUGAAAAAGAUAAAAAGCACAUUGGAUUCUUGUGCACAAUAAUAUUUAUUCUACCAAACAGGUGAGAUCAGCUCGUUUCUAUUAGCUUCAUCGUGUUAUUCCUUUCGAUUAGCUAAUCUAUAGCAUAACAUUUGUAUCGUAAAAAGAUUUUUCGCCGGUAACUUCACUUGUAGCCGCUAUUUCUAACAACGACCACAAGAAAAAUUCUUACUUGUGUAAUUAGCUUCGUUUAUAUAUAAUAUAUUUUACAUUUAUAGGUUAAACAUCAAGUGUGUUUAUAUAUUGUGCCAUACGGAUUUACUCUGCUGUCGUGAUGUGCAUCUUGUCUGUCGAUUCAACUUAGUUCCAUUUUUCUUUAAUUUGAAAAUGAACUUCAGUAUAUAAUAUCAGAUGUCAAAUUCACAGCCAAGUUAUUCAAAGAAGAUACGCCGACGGGUGGGUCAUUUUAAUUCACGAAUAACUGAAACAAAACGUAAAAACACGUUCUGACAGAAACUAUCUAUAAUUAAGAACUGAAAUGUAUGUAAUGUGUGGUACGGCUCAAUUUUACGGUUUCCUAUCUUGCAUUGCCCUUUGAGCGUAUCAAGGAUUAUGUUUAUUCAUGCAGCGUGACAGGAGCUUAAGACCCAGCAGUUUUUUCUAGCUUCAAAAAGUAGAUAAUGAUAUAAUAAUAAUAAUAAUAAUAAUAUUCAAUUAUUAUUAUUAUUAUUAAAUAACGGCUUAAGUAAGUCAAUUUUCUCGUUUGCCAUUAAAAAUUCAACAUUCAAUCGAAAAUGAAAAAUAGCGUUACACGUAAGACAUUUUUCUAUUUGAUGCAUUAACUCUGAAUAAUAAAAACUCUAGG